AUGGGCGAAAAUGACAGAGCAGAAAAAUAUUAUAGAUUAUUACUUGAACAACUACCGUCAGAUCAUGAUGAUAUAGCAGAAUUAUACAAUAAUAUUGGAGAUGUUUAUCAAAAUAUUUAUGUAACUGCCGUGGAGAAUUAUUACAGUAAACCACUUGAUUUAGAAUUAAAAUCAGAACCCGAUAGUCAUCUAUUUGUAACUCACACUUACACUGAUUUUGAGGAUAAUUUUUAUUGUUAUUAUCAGUUCAAAACGAAACAACGAAAUGGUUUCCAAUUAGCAAUAGAAAUAAAAUUAAAAUCUAACAUGGAUCUUGUUGCUACAUACAAUAGUAUUGCAGCGGUAGUUAAUGGAAAAUGGAAUUAUUUGGAAGCAAUUCAAGGUUAUAAAACAGCAUUAGAAAUACGAUUAUGA